AGAUAAAGAUCCACCGGAUAAUUUUGAUUUACAAACACCAUUAAAGUCUGGUUUUUCAAAUUUAUCACAACAAUUAAAAAUGAGAGAAGAAUCUGAUGAAUUCGGACGAUAUGCUCAAGCUGUGAUGACGGAUUUUAUGAAUAAGAAUUUAGACUUUGCUUUAGGUACAAAUGAAACUUUAGCGUUACAAGCGUGUUAUGCUGCUGCUGAUGUUGUUAAUGCACCAGAAGGUGGAUUAAAUAUUGAGCUUACAAGAAAAAAACCGUUUUGA